UCGUAUAUCAAACGACACUGACUCGUUUGCAUAUCGUCACAGAAUCUUGCGAGGAGCCAAUCUCAAGCUCUCUACUUGACAAAUAAAUAAUAGUCCCGACAGUAUUUGUUCACACGACGAACGCAUUAUUAAAGACCUCAUAACUCAUUGAUGUAAUAAUAAUUGCGUAAUUCUAAUGAUUUCUUCGAAUUUUUCUUCCUCAAUAUCCUGAUUAAAAAAAGGAAUUUCAAGUUGGAAACUAACAGUUCUGGUUUUAUUUUAUUUAAAAAACUAGAAUAUUUUGAUGGAUUCUUUUUAGAAAAUUGUUUUUUAUGGCUCUGAGUUCAGCAAAGCUCUUCCUUUUCAGUCCUUUACACGGUAGGCAUUUGUCAUCGUCAAUCACUAAUAAUAUUUUAACGAACAUGAGACUUUUAGUUUUAAAAAGUAAAGUUUUUUUUCUUUGUUUGAACUUAUAUUGUGUUGUUGCGUGGAGAUAUUGUGUUAACUUAGGGUUUACAGACAAGGGAAGGCCAGUGUGGCAGAGGAAGAGCUCGAUGGCAGAGCUAGACAACGAGGAGCUCCGGCGAUUGAAGGAUGUUAACAUGGACGAAGCUCCGGCUCGCCGUCAUGUUCGUGAUUGCUUUAAAGAUAUUCAGCAUAAUCUCGAUCAUAUCCUCAUCAAGACUCCAGGAGAUGGAAUUAAGACAAAGGAGUCUUAUGAGGUGAAUUCAAGAGGAGUUGAGAUAUUCUCAAAAAGCUGGCUUCCUGAAGCUUCUAGGCCCAGAGCUCUUGUUUGUUUCUGCCAUGGUUAUGGAGAUACUUGCACGUUUUUCUUCGAAGGGAUUGCAAGGAGAUUGGCAUUGUCGGGAUAUGGAGUUUUCGCUAUGGAUUAUCCAGGGUUUGGCUUAUCGGAAGGCUUGCACGGCUAUAUUUCUAGCUUUGAUCUUCUUGUUGAAGAUGUCAUUGAGCAUUUCUCCAACAUCAAAGAGAAUUCUGAGUUUAGUUCUCUACCUAGCUUUCUGUUUGGGCAGUCAAUGGGUGGAGCAGUGUCGCUCAAAAUACAUUUUAAACAACCAAAUGCUUGGACCGGUGCAGUCUUGGUAGCACCCAUGUGCAAAAUUGCAGAGGAUAUGGUGCCACCACCUGUAUUGAAACAUAUUUUGAUCGGUUUAUCUAGUGUUCUACCGAAACACAAGCUGGUUCCCCAAAAGGACUUAACUGAUGCAGCUUUUAGAGAUGUCACUAAGAGAAAAUUGGCACCAUACAACGUCAUUUGUUAUUGCGACAAGCCGCGUCUACGGACUGCUGUAGAAAUGCUUCGAACAACUCAGGAGAUUGAGCAACAGUUGCACAAGGUGUGUUUGCCAAUACUGAUUCUACACGGAGAGGCUGAUAGAAUGACAGACCCAUCAGUGAGCAGAGAGCUUUACGAGAAAGCCAAAAGUUCAGACAAGAAGAUAGUUCUGUAUAAAGAUGCUUUUCAUUCUCUGCUGGAAGGCGAACCAGACGAAGUAAUCCUCCGUGUCUUGUCCGAUAUUAUCUCCUGGCUUGACGACCAUAGCUUGCAAGUUGAAGGAUCAUAAAGUUACUUUUUGUUUAGUUACAGAAAAGUAUUUUCAUUGUAUUAACAGUAAUAAAAAGGUCAUUAUUUGCAAUACUGAAUAAUUUAACUUUGCAUAAAUACUGAGUUAAGCAAAUUGUUUUCUUUUGUUUAUUA